GAUCAGACGCUGGCGUUGCGUGCAUCGAUCGACACGUCGAGAUCUCGCUUUCUUCCAGCGUGAACUCUAAGUUUUUGUUUCGGGGUUUCUCUUUGUCGCGGACAGUGUGAAAUAUAAGUGACGCUCCAUUAAAGAAGCUCCGAAAAUGACGUUUGGAAAAAAUCUCGUGUUUCCUCUGCUUCUGACGAUUCUUGCCUGCGCGACAGCGGACCAACCUGCCAGAAUAGCGUGCUACUUCAGCAACUGGGCCAUUUAUCGGCCGGAUGUCGGACGCUACGCCGUGAAGGAUAUCCCAGGUGAUCUCUGCACCCACAUCAUUUACUCCUUCAUUGGCGUGAGCAACGUCACCUGGGAGGUCCUCAUCCUCGACCCAGAGCUGGACGUUGACAAGGAAAAUUUCGUAGCCUUCAACGACCUCAGAUCCAAGUAUCCUCACUUGAAGACCUCCGUCGCAGUGGGCGGUUGGGGAGAGGGCGGGCGGAAGUACAGUGCCCUCGUUGGCGUCAAGCAGAGGCGCGACACGUUCAUCAGGAGCGUAGUCGAGUUCAUGCACAAAUACGGUUUCGACGGUUUCGACCUCGACUGGGAAUACCCCGGUGCCGCUGACAGGGGCGGGAGCUUCUCCGACAAAAACCACUUUUUCUAUUUCGUUGAAGAGCUGAGACGCGCUUUCGACGCCGAAGGCAAGGGAUGGGAGCUCACAAUGGCGGUGCCAAUGGCCAAAUUCCGCCUGGACGAGGGCUAUCACGUGCCAGAAUUGUGCAAAAACAUGGACGUUAUUCACGUGAUGUCUUACGACCUUCGAGGUAACUGGGCUGGAUUCGCGGAUGUGCACAGCCCUUUGUACCGUAGACCACACGAUCAAUGGGCGUACGAGAAGUUGAACGUCCACGACGGUCUUCAGCUCUGGGAGGAGAAAGGUUGUCCAGCUAAGAAACUGAUCGUCGGAAUUCCGUUAUACGGUCGUACGUUCAGUCUCAGUCAAGGUAACCGCAAUUACGAGCCUGGUACAUACAUCAACAAGGAAGCUGGUGGCGGUGAACCUGGGGAAUACACGCAAGCCAAAGGAUUUCUGGCUUACUACGAGAUCUGUACCAGGUUGCAAGCGCCAGGCAGCAAUUGGACUAAGAAAUUCGACGACAUUGGCAAAGUUCCAUACACAUACAAAGAGACACAAUGGGUCGGUUACGAAGAUGUAGAAAGUGUGAAAUAUAAAAUCGACUUCAUCAGGAAGGAACGAUACGGUGGAGCCAUGGUUUGGGCCAUCGACAUGGACGAUUUCCAAGGACUCUGCGGUGAACGUAACCCCUUAAUGAACACCAUUAACAAAGGCUUGAAAGGAUACGUCGUAACGGACAAAGAUGUCACCACAACGCCCACGCCUGAAUGGGCGAGGCCUCCAAGCACAACGUCAUCAUCGGACAGUGUUCGACCCGUCAAACCGCCAUCGACGAAGCCUACGAAGAAACCAACCCAGAAACCCGAGAAACCUACUCAGAAACCCCAAACAACACAAACAACUGAAAGCUUCACCACUGAGGAUUCGAACAAAUGGCAACCAACUCAGUCUCCAAUCGAAGACAGCGAGGAUGAGAGAGUUGUCUGCGAAUCUGCUGAUAAAUUUGUCCCCUCUUCCAAGGACUGCCAUUCAUACUAUGAAUGCGUCCACGGAUCGCCGAUAAAGUUCACGUGCCCCAACUCUUUGAUUUGGAACACGAUCAACAACGGAUGCGAUUGGCCGCAGAAUGCCGAUCGAGAAGAGUGCAGGCCUCAAUAAAUUCCUCCAAAUCUCAAACUCAAAGUCGCCUGCAUUAAUAUUAAUUGAAUGUACUUCAUUGUGAUAAUUCAAUAUCGAUUGAAUAGCUGCUGUUUAUUAAUAAUUAAUUCGUAAAAUUAAUAUAAGGCUUUUGUCACUGUCAAACAUUUAAAACACAUGUAAUCUUAUUCAUUUCUUCAUGACGAUAUGUUUUUAAACUGCAUCUGUUGAUUUAAGCUAAAUGCCAUGUUUUUUUGUAAGAAAUUCAUUGUUUUCAAUACAAAAGAAAUAAU